AGUUCUGAGGUAUUUUAUAAGUUGUAAACACAACUGGCGGUGUAAAGAGUCUAGAGUCACCAUGGAUGAAGACGCACUGGAAGUAAAGGAUGACUCUCGGCCGUUUUACAGCAGGAAAAAUUGUCGAAUAGGGUUAUAUAUUGACAUUUAUGAUGCCAAACCAAUAGAUCCCACAGAGUUUGGUUCAGAGCAGUUCUUCCUAAUGUCGCUCAAAGAUAAAGUCGGUGAAUAUUUUGAGGAAUUUGAUUUGGUGAAAGCCAAAGGAAUUCUUGAAAAGAAAAAUGUCUUCAAAGGAGUGAUUUUGGAAAAGUUUGACAUGGGUCUGGUUCUCACCCUAGCAUUUGAUAACGUAGAUGCUCUAGACGCAGUUUGGAAGCUGUUUCAACCCAACAAGCUCUCAGCGUUGGUCAAUGAGAUGUUUCUGGACCAGAACGCCUUGAAGGCAUUGGGGCUUAAAACGUUGACGCUUCAAGCCAGGCUGUGGGAGGAUGAAUACAACUAUUGUCGUAACGAAAUCCUUUCUGCAGGUCCAGCUCGAGUUAGCAUCAAGAAAACUGCAAAUGGCAUCAGCAUGCUCAGAAGACUCCGAGAAUCGCAGAAGAUCUUACAGAAUCACGUCAUGAAAUGUCGUGACCAAGAAACCGUAUUUGACCGGAACUUAGGCGAGUUCAUUAUGGAGGUCAAAGGAAUGCUUCCGGAAAACGUCACUUCCAUCAACAAUCUGAAAGAAUUCGUGACGAAUUUAAAAAUGGCGAAGGGCACAAAUCGUAAGGGGUUUCCUUACAUCGAACAAUACUUAAUAACCAUUGAAAUGAUUCGCGAAGCGUUUGCGGAACUAGAGUUCAUCAUUUUACAUCCGUUAGCGCAAAUCCAUGCCGCAUGUGAAACGGACAAUCAGAGACUUCUUAAGAAAUCCGUCUUCGAAACGCACACGGAUAUGACUAAACGUUUGAAGUCGGACCAGGAUCUGCAGAAGAUAGUCCACAAGGAAUGGGAAAAUAAGGUGCUAUUCCGCGAACGGAAGCUGUUAUUAGGUCUAGUAAGCCUUAUACCUCUGAGUUUAGAGAAAAUAUUAGACAUUGAUCAUAUGGUGGACGAGUACAUUACCAGCUACCCGGAGAAGCUGAAGAUUUAG